AUGCCCCCGGCCGGCGCGGCGGAGGCAACCAACGGUGAUUGUGGACCACCUCGUCCACGACGGGGCCUCCACCAGCGUCAAAGAACGCUUCCGAACCCGCCGGACCACCAGGGGCGUCCGUGUAACAACCUACAGCAGCCACGCCGGCCCACAAGCCUGGAUCCACCGGAUACGCGGACCAAUCGUCCGCGACAAGGCCCCCCACCAACGUCAAAAGAACCCCGGCAAGACCACCGGCCCGCCAAGGGCGUCCGAACACCGACUUCCGGCAGCCACGCCGGCCCACAAGCCUGGAGCUCUCAACUACGUCCGCGACGAGGCCUAACCAACGUCGGAAGAACCCCGGUAAGUCCACCGGCCCGCCCCGGGGCCCCCGAGCACCAACAUCCGGCAGCCAACAAGCCAUCGAUCCUGGAGUCACCUCCGGAACGCCGGUCCGCUUGGACUCCGCCCAAGCCCAAGCCUAGCAUCAGGGCAGCCUCUUGGAGUAAAGCCAUCUCUGAUGACGACGACGUCUCGGACGUCGUCGGACCGAUGACCGAUCGAAGGACAAUCGACACAAGCAGCGACGAGGACGAUGAUGAUGAUGAAGACGACGGCGAGUGCGGUUGA